AUGGCGGGAAUCUUAGACAUUCAGAAACCAAUUGUGUAUGAUGAAUCGAUCGCACACUAUGAACUUCAUGCACAUCAACCAUACGCAUCAUCAACAUUAAAUAAUAACGAUGAAAUCCGUAUCUGUGUGCAAAAUCAAGGCUUAUGUUUAUUACUAAACAAAAGUACACUACACAUAACUGGAAAAUUUACAAAAUCAGAUGGGACUGCAGUUAAUGAAACAAUGGAGUUGGUGAAUAUGGCUGUUUGUCAUAUGAUUGAAGAAUUAUCCCUACUCCUAAAUGGUGUUGUGAUUGAUCAAUGUCAAAAUGUAGCUAUUACAUGUCUGAUGAAGAGUUACACAUCUCUAAGUCCAGGACAGCGAAAUCUUAUGGAAAAUGCUGGGUGGUUGAUGGGUGAUGCUAAUAAAUUAACUAAUGAUGAUGGAUACUUUGAUGUAUCCAUACCAUUAAGUGUCGUGCUUGGGUUUGCUGAAGAUUACAAUCGUAUUGUCAUGAAUGCAACAUAUGAGUUAGUUAUCAGAAGAUCAAAUACUGAUCUUAACGCUUACAUACAUAAACCAGCAACAGUUACUGAUGUUGCUGCAAACGUUAAGAUUACUCCAAAUAAAGAGUUGUAUGAAUAUCCAUUACUUCCAGCAACUACAAAACACAUUUGGCAAAUUAAAACAUCAACACAGCUGGAGAAACCACGUUAUGUGAUUCUGGGAUUUCAAACUGCGAGGAAAAACGCAGUUAAAAAAGAUGCCAGUCAAUUUGAUCAUUGUAAUCUUAGAGAUGUAAAACUUUUCCUCAAUUCUCAAAGUUAUCCUUAUGGUAAUUUGAAUCUUGAUAUCGAUCGCAAUCAGUAUGCAUUAUUAUAUGAUAUGUACACUAAUUUUCAAACAUCAUACUAUGGUAAAGAACCAGAACCAUUGUUGACAAAGGCAGCAUUUUUAAAAGAAGCCCCACUUUAUGUAAUUGAUUGUUCUAAACAAAAUGAAGCUAUAAAAUCUGGGCCAGUGGAUGUUAGAGUAGAAUUUGAAUCUAAAGUUCCAUUUUCACCUCAAACAUCGGCAUACUGUCUAAUUUUACACGAUCGUAUAAUUGAAUAUAAUCCUAUAAGUAAUAAUGUUAGAAAAUUAAUGUAA